AUGGAUGAGGCCUUGCCACUUCCUGAACGCCCUCAGGGCCCUCUGCUCCAGUCCCAGUAUGAACCGUUCUGCUGCGUCUGCUUCAUGUCACUGAUCUUUAACAGCUCCUGUCGCUCCGUCUGCAUCUGCGCAGUCAGCACCUUUAACUGUGCUUGUUCCUGUUUCCUGACCAAAACUUCUGCGUGUUACCUUAAUGUGGCAAUGGGCACGCUCCUGACAGAAACAAACCAAGGUGAAAGUUUGGAAAACACCGAAGAAUCCAAUGUGGAAAAGAGUGUGAAGGAGGAAGAACAAAAGCCCUCAGGUCGUUCCCGUAGCUCAUGGACCGACUCUGAAAUCAGGGUCUUCCUGCAGGAGUGGGAAGUAGUCGAACAGGAAGUGGGCCAACCAGGCAGGAAGAUCCACAAGAAGACCAAGUUUCUUUGCCAGCGCCUCUAUCAUCAGGGCCUGAAGAAGAGCUGGAAAAGCUGUUUCCACCUACUGCUGAGCCUGCAGGAUCUGCACAGGACGCUCUGUAAUGAGAGACCAGGGAUUGAACCCUUGUUUUCUCCUUAUUCAGAGGCUCUGUACAGGAUCCUGGGCUCCACUCCCCAUGAAAGCUGGUUCCCAGGUCCUCUCUACGAUGAGGCUGAUGACUCCAUGCUCUCUGUGUACCCUCCACCUCCCAUGUACCAGCCUUCAGAUUAUGGCAUCACAGUUCCUUCGGCACAGCUUCAGGGGAACCCAGUGCCGAUGCUGUGCCAGGAGGAUUCCCCGUUUCCCGCCUGGGAGCCCUGGAAUCCCAGCUAUCCACUGUCAGUUCCACACCUACUUCCUGGCUUUGCCCCAGAAGACCCCAGCCUCCAGCAGCCAUGGUCAAUGUGUGAUUUACACCAAGAUCCCCAAUGA